AUGCUCGCACGACCAGGAGGUACUCGAGUCUGUCCGGCCAUUGGUCGGCGCGUGCAGGCCUACUUGUCGGCGCUGGCCACCACGAACGCGACGCUCGGAGCUGCGUGCGAUGCGAAGGAGGCGACCCCGUCGGUGGCUGGAUCGGAUGUGGGCAGUACGUGUCGAAAUGGUCGGUCGAUCAAUGGUGGCGAUAGGAUGAACGCGCUCGCGUUGCGUGUGGCAGCUCUCGGUGCCGUGCUGACCCGCUGCUACAUCCCAUCCACGGAUCCAACCAUGCUCGCACGACCAGGAGGUACUCGAGUCUGUCCGGCCAUUGGUCGGCGCGUGCAGGCCUACUUGUCGGCGCUGGCCACCGUGCGGAAACGCACGAACGCGACGCUCGGAGCUGCGUGCGAUGCGAAGGAGGCGACCCCGUCGGUGGCUGGAUCGGAUGUGGGCAGUACGUGUCGAAAUGGUCGGUCGAUCAAUGGUGGCGAUAGGAUGAACGCGCUCGCGUUGCGUGUGGCAGCUCUCGGUGCCGUGCUGACCCGCUGCUACAUCCCAUCCACGGAUCCAACCAUGCUCGCACGACCAGGAGGUACUCGAGUCUGUCCGGCCAUUGGUCGGCGCGUGCAGGCCUACUUGUCGGCGCUGGCGACCACGAACGCGACGCUCGGAGCUGCGUGCGAUGCGAAGGAGGCGACCCCGUCGGUGGCUGGAUCGGAUGUGGGCAGUACGUGUCGAAAUGGUCGGUCGAUCAAUGGUGGCGAUAGGAUGAACGCGCUCGCGUUGCGUGUGGCAGCUCUCGGUGCCGUGCUGACCCGCUGCUACAUCCCAUCCACGGAUCCAACCAUGCUCGCACGACCAGGAGGUACUCGAGUCUGUCCGGCCAUUGGUCGGCGCGUGCAGGCCUACUUGUCGGCGCUGGCCACCACGAACGCGACGCUCGGAGCUGCGUGCGAUGCGAAGGAGGCGACCCCGUCGGUGGCUGGAUCGGAUGUGGGCAGUACGUGUCGAAAUGGUCGGUCGAUCAAUGGUGGCGAUAGGAUGAACGCGCUCGCGUUGCGUGUGGCAGCUCUCGGUGCCGUGCUGACCCGCUGCUACAUCCCAUCCACGGAUCCAACCAUGCUCGCACGACCAGGAGGUACUCGAGUCUGUCCGGCCAUUGGUCGGCGCGUGCAGGCCUACUUGUCGGCGCUGGCCACCACGAACGCGACGCUCGGAGCUGCGUGCGAUGCGAAGGAGGCGACCCCGUCGGUGGCUGGAUCGGAUGUGGGCAGUACGUGUCGAAAUGGUCGGUCGAUCAAUGGUGGCGAUAGGAUGAACGCGCUCGCGUUGCGUGUGGCAGCUCUCGGUGCCGUGCUGACCCGCUGCUACAUCCCAUCCACGGAUCCAACCAUGCUCGCACGACCAGGAGGUACUCGAGUCUGUCCGGCCAUUGGUCGGCGCGUGCAGGCCUACUUGUCGGCGCUGGCGACCACGAACGCGACGCUCGGAGCUGCGUGCGAUGCGAAGGAGGCGACCCCGUCGGUGGCUGGAUCGGAUGUGGGCAGUACGUGUCGAAAUGGUCGGUCGAUCAAUGGUGGCGAUAGGAUGAACGCGCUCGCGUUGCGUGUGGCAGCUCUCGGUGCCGUGCUGACCCGCUGCUACAUCCCAUCCACGGAUCCAACCAUGCUCGCACGACCAGGAGGUACUCGAGUCUGUCCGGCCAUUGGUCGGCGCGUGCAGGUCUACUUGUCGGCGCUGGCCACCACGAACGCGACGCUCGGAGCUGCGUGCGAUGCGAAGGAGGCGACCCCGUCGGUGGCUGGAUCGGAUGUGGGCAGUACGUGUCGAAAUGGUCGGUCGAUCAAUGGUGGCGAUAGGAUGAACGCGCUCGCGUUGCGUGUGGCAGCUCUCGGUGCCGUGCUGACCCGCUGCUACAUCCCAUCCACGGAUCCAACCAUGCUCGCACGACCAGGAGGUACUCGAGUCUGUCCGGCCAUUGGUCGGCGCGUGCAGGCCUACUUGUCGGCGCUGGCCACCACGAACGCGACGCUCGGAGCUGCGUGCGAUGCGAAGGAGGCGACCCCGUCGGUGGCUGGAUCGGAUGUGGGCAGUACGUGUCGAAAUGGUCGGUCGAUCAAUGGUGGCGAUAGGAUGAACGCGCUCGCGUUGCGUGUGGCAGCUCUCGGUGCCGUGCUGACCCGCUGCUACAUCCCAUCCACGGAUCCAACCAUGCUCGCACGACCAGGAGGUACUCGAGUCUGUCCGGCCAUUGGUCGGCGCGUGCAGGCCUACUUGUCGGCGCUGGCCACCACGAACGCGACGCUCGGAGCUGCGUGCGAUGCGAAGGAGGCGACCCCGUCGGUGGCUGGAUCGGAUGUGGGCAGUACGUGUCGAAAUGGUCGGUCGAUCAAUGGUGGCGAUAGGAUGAACGCGCUCGCGUUGCGUGUGGCAGCUCUCGGUGCCGUGCUGACCCGCUGCUACAUCCCAUCCACGGAUCCAACCAUGCUCGCACGACCAGGAGGUACUCGAGUCUGUCCGGCCAUUGGUCGGCGCGUGCAGGCCUACUUGUCGGCGCUGGCCACCACGAACGCGACGCUCGGAGCUGCGUGCGAUGCGAAGGAGGCGACCCCGUCGGUGGCUGGAUCGGAUGUGGGCAGUACGUGUCGAAAUGGUCGGUCGAUCAAUGGUGGCGAUAGGAUGAACGCGCUUGCGUUGCGUGUGGCAGCUCUCGGUGCCGUGCUGACCCGCUGCUACAUCCCAUCCACGGAUCCAACCAUGCUCGCACGACCAGGAGGUACUCGAGUCUGUCCGGCCAUUGGUCGGCGCGUGCAGGCCUACUUGUCGGCGCUGGCCACCACGAACGCGACGCUCGGAGCUGCGUGCGAUGCGAAGGAGGCGACCCCGUCGGUGGCUGGAUCGGAUGUGGGCAGUACGUGUCGAAAUGGUCGGUCGAUCAAUGGUGGCGAUAGGAUGAACGCGCUCGCGUUGCGUGUGGCAGCUCUCGGUGCCGUGCUGACCCGCUGCUACAUCCCAUCCACGGAUCCAACCAUGCUCGCACGACCAGGAGGUACUCGAGUCUGUCCGGCCAUUGGUCGGCGCGUGCAGGCCUACUUGUCGGCGCUGGCCACCACGAACGCGACGCUCGGAGCUGCGUGCGAUGCGAAGGAGGCGACCCCGUCGGUGGCUGGAUCGGAUGUGGGCAGUACGUGUCGAAAUGGUCGGUCGAUCAAUGGUGGCGAUAGGAUGAACGCGCUCGCGUUGCGUGUGGCAGCUCUCGGUGCCGUGCUGACCCGCUGCUACAUCCCAUCCACGGAUCCAACCAUGCUCGCACGACCAGGAGGUACUCGAGUCUGUCCGGCCAUUGGUCGGCGCGUGCAGGCCUACUUGUCGGCGCUGGCCACCACGAACGCGACGCUCGGAGCUGCGUGCGAUGCGAAGGAGGCGACCCCGUCGGUGGCUGGAUCGGAUGUGGGCAGUACGUGUCGAAAUGGUCGGUCGAUCAAUGGUGGCGAUAGGAUGAACGCGCUCGCGUUGCGUGUGGCAGCUCUCGGUGCCGUGCUGACCCGCUGCUACAUCCCAUCCACGGAUCCAACCAUGCUCGCACGACCAGGAGGUACUCGAGUCUGUCCGGCCAUUGGUCGGCGCGUGCAGGCCUACUUGUCGGCGCUGGCCACCACGAACGCGACGCUCGGAGCUGCGUGCGAUGCGAAGGAGGCGACCCGAUCGGUGGCUGGAUCGGAUGUGGGCAGUACGUGUCGAAAUGGUCGGUCGAUCAAUGGUGGCGAUAGGAUGAACGCGCUCGCGUUGCGUGUGGCAGCUCUCGGUGCCGUGCUGACCCGCUGCUACAUCCCAUCCACGGAUCCAACCAUGCUCGCACGACCAGGAGGUACUCGAGUCUGUCCGGCCAUUGGUCGGCGCGUGCAGGCCUACUUGUCGGCGCUGGCGACCACGAACGCGACGCUCGGAGCUGCGUGCGAUGCGAAGGAGGCGACCCCGUCGGUGGCUGGAUCGGAUGUGGGCAGUACGUGUCGAAAUGGUCGGUCGAUCAAUGGUGGCGAUAGGAUGAACGCGCUCGCGUUGCGUGUGGCAGCUCUCGGUGCCGUGCUGACCCGCUGCUACAUCCCAUCCACGGAUCCAACCAUGCUCGCACGACCAGGAGGUACUCGAGUCUGUCCGGCCAUUGGUCGGCGCGUGCAGGCCUACUUGUCGGCGCUGGCCACCACGAACGCGACGCUCGGAGCUGCGUGCGAUGCGAAGGAGGCGACCCCGUCGGUGGCUGGAUCGGAUGUGGGCAGUACGUGUCGAAAUGGUCGGUCGAUCAAUGGUGGCGAUAGGAUGAACGCGCUCGCGUUGCGUGUGGCAGCUCUCGGUGCCGUGCUGACCCGCUGCUACAUCCCAUCCACGGAUCCAACCAUGCUCGCACGACCAGGAGGUACUCGAGUCUGUCCGGCCAUUGGUCGGCGCGUGCAGGCCUACUUGUCGGCGCUGGCCACCACGAACGCGACGCUCGGAGCUGCGUGCGAUGCGAAGGAGGCGACCCCGUCGGUGGCUGGAUCGGAUGUGGGCAGUACGUGUCGAAAUGGUCGGUCGAUCAAUGGUGGCGAUAGGAUGAACGCGCUCGCGUUGCGUGUGGCAGCUCUCGGUGCCGUGCUGACCCGCUGCUACAUCCCAUCCACGGAUCCAACCAUGCUCGCACGACCAGGAGGUACUCGAGUCUGUCCGGCCAUUGGUCGGCGCGUGCAGGCCUACUUGUCGGCGCUGGCCACCACGAACGCGACGCUCGGAGCUGCGUGCGAUGCGAAGGAGGCGACCCCGUCGGUGGCUGGAUCGGAUGUGGGCAGUACGUGUCGAAAUGGUCGGUCGAUCAAUGGUGGCGAUAGGAUGAACGCGCUCGCGUUGCGUGUGACAGCUCUCGGUGCCGUGCUGACCCGCUGCUACAUCCCAUCCACGGAUCCAACCAUGCUCGCACGACCAGGAGGUACUCGAGUCUGUCCGGCCAUUGGUCGGCGCGUGCAGGCCUACUUGUCGGCGCUGGCGACCACGAACGCGACGCUCGGAGCUGCGUGCGAUGCGAAGGAGGCGACCCCGUCGGUGGCUGGAUCGGAUGUGGGCAGUACGUGUCGAAAUGGUCGGUCGAUCAAUGGUGGCGAUAGGAUGAACGCGCUCGCGUUGCGUGUGGCAGCUCUCGGUGCCGUGCUGACCCGCUGCUACAUCCCAUCCACGGAUCCAACCAUGCUCGCACGACCAGGAGGUACUCGAGUCUGUCCGGCCAUUGGUCGGCGCGUGCAGGCCUACUUGUCGGCGCUGGCCACCACGAACGCGACGCUCGGAGCUGCGUGCGAUGCGAAGGAGGCGACCCCGUCGGUGGCUGGAUCGGAUGUGGGCAGUACGUGUCGAAAUGGUCGGUCGAUCAAUGGUGGCGAUAGGAUGAACGCGCUCGCGUUGCGUGUGGCAGCUCUCGGUGCCGUGCUGACCCGCUGCUACAUCCCAUCCACGGAUCCAACCAUGCUCGCACGACCAGGAGGUACUCGAGUCUGUCCGGCCAUUGGUCGGCGCGUGCAGGCCUACUUGUCGGCGCUGGCCACCACGAACGCGACGCUCGGAGCUGCGUGCGAUGCGAAGGAGGCGACCCCGUCGGUGGCUGGAUCGGAUGUGGGCAGUACGUGUCGAAAUGGUCGGUCGAUCAAUGGUGGCGAUAGGAUGAACGCGCUCGCGUUGCGUGUGGCAGCUCUCGGUGCCGUGCUGACCCGCUGCUACAUCCCAUCCACGGAUCCAACCAUGCUCGCACGACCAGGAGGUACUCGAGUCUGUCCGGCCAUUGGUCGGCGCGUGCAGGCCUACUUGUCGGCGCUGGCCACCACGAACGCGACGCUCGGAGCUGCGUGCGAUGCGAAGGAGGCGACCCCGUCGGUGGCUGGAUCGGAUGUGGGCAGUACGUGUCGAAAUGGUCGGUCGAUCAAUGGUGGCGAUAGGAUGAACGCGCUCGCGUUGCGUGUGGCAGCUCUCGGUGCCGUGCUGACCCGCUGCUACAUCCCAUCCACGGAUCCAACCAUGCUCGCACGACCAGGAGGUACUCGAGUCUGUCCGGCCAUUGGUCGGCGCGUGCAGGCCUACUUGUCGGCGCUGGCCACCGUGCGGAAACGCACGAACGCGACGCUCGGAGCUGCGUGCGAUGCGAAGGAGGCGACCCCGUCGGUGGCUGGAUCGGAUGUGGGCAGUACGUGUCGAAAUGGUCGGUCGAUCAAUGGUGGCGAUAGGAUGAACGCGCUCGCGUUGCGUGUGGCAGCUCUCGGUGCCGUGCUGACCCGCUGCUACAUCCCAUCCACGGAUCCAACCAUGCUCGCACGACCAGGAGGUACUCGAGUCUGUCCGGCCAUUGGUCGGCGCGUGCAGGCCUACUUGUCGGCGCUGGCCACCGUGCGGAAACGCACGAACGCGACGCUCGGAGCUGCGUGCGAUGCGAAGGAGGCGACCCCGUCGGUGGCUGGAUCGGAUGUGGGCAGUACGUGUCGAAAUGGUCGGUCGAUCAAUGGUGGCGAUAGGAUGAACGCGCUCGCGUUGCGUGUGGCAGCUCUCGGUGCCGUGCUGACCCGCUGCUACAUCCCAUCCACGGAUCCAACCAUGCUCGCACGACCAGGAGGUACUCGAGUCUGUCCGGCCAUUGGUCGGCGCGUGCAGGCCUACUUGUCGGCGCUGGCCACCGUGCGGAAACGCACGAACGCGACGCUCGGAGCUGCGUGCGAUGCGAAGGAGGCGACCCCGUCGGUGGCUGGAUCGGAUGUGGGCAGUACGUGUCGAAAUGGUCGGUCGAUCAAUGGUGGCGAUAGGAUGAACGCGCUCGCGUUGCGUGUGGCAGCUCUCGGUGCCGUGCUGACCCGCUGCUACAUCCCAUCCACGGAUCCAACCAUGCUCGCACGACCAGGAGGUACUCGAGUCUGUCCGGCCAUUGGUCGGCGCGUGCAGGCCUACUUGUCGGCGCUGGCCACCGUGCGGAAACGCACGAACGCGACGCUCGGAGCUGCGUGCGAUGCGAAGGAGGCGACCCGAUCGGUGGCUGGAUCGGAUGUGGGCAGUACGUGUCGAAAUGGUCGGUCGAUCAAUGGUGGCGAUAGGAUGAACGCGCUCGCGUUGCGUGUGGCAGCUCUCGGUGCCGUGCUGACCCGCUGCUACAUCCCAUCCACGGAUCCAACCAUGCUCGCACGACCAGGAGGUACUCGAGUCUGUCCGGCCAUUGGUCGGCGCGUGCAGGCCUACUUGUCGGCGCUGGCCACCACGAACGCGACGCUCGGAGCUGCGUGCGAUGCGAAGGAGGCGACCCGAUCGGUGGCUGGAUCGGAUGUGGGCAGUACGUGUCGAAAUGGUCGGUCGAUCAAUGGUGGCGAUAGGAUGAACGCGCUCGCGUUGCGUGUGGCAGCUCUCAGUGCCGUGCUGACCCGCUGCUACAUCCCAUCCACGGAUCCAACCAUGCUCGCACGACCAGGAGGUACUCGAGUCUGUCCGGCCAUUGGUCGGCGCGUGCAGGUCUACUUGUCGGCGCUGGCCACCACGAACGCGACGCUCGGAGCUGCGUGCGAUGCGAAGGAGGCGACCCCGUCGGUGGCUGGAUCGGAUGUGGGCAGUACGUGUCGAAAUGGUCGGUCGAUCAAUGGUGGCGAUAGGAUGAACGCGCUCGCGUUGCGUGUGGCAGCUCUCGGUGCCGUGCUGACCCGCUGCUACAUCCCAUCCACGGAUCCAACCAUGCUCGCACGACCAGGAGGUACUCGAGUCUGUCCGGCCAUUGGUCGGCGCGUACAGGCCUACUUGUCGGCGCUGGCCACCACGAACGCGACGCUCGGAGCUGCGUGCGAUGCGAAGGAGGCGACCCCGUCGGUGGCUGGAUCGGAUGUGGGCAGUACGUGUCGAAAUGGUCGGUCGAUCAAUGGUGGCGAUAGGAUGAACGCGCUCGCGUUGCGUGUGGCAGCUCUCGGUGCCGUGCUGACCCGCUGCUACAUCCCAUCCACGGAUCCAACCAUGCUCGCACGACCAGGAGGUACUCGAGUCUGUCCGGCCAUUGGUCGGCGCGUACAGGCCUACUUGUCGGCGCUGGCCACCACGAACGCGACGCUCGGAGCUGCGUGCGAUGCGAAGGAGGCGACCCCGUCGGUGGCUGGAUCGGAUGUGGGCAGUACGUGUCGAAAUGGUCGGUCGAUCAAUGGUGGCGAUAGGAUGAACGCGCUCGCGUUGCGUGUGGCAGCUCUCGGUGCCGUGCUGACCCGCUGCUACAUCCCAUCCACGGAUCCAACCAUGCUCGCACGACCAGGAGGUACUCGAGUCUGUCCGGCCAUUGGUCGGCGCGUGCAGGCCUACUUGUCGGCGCUGGCCACCACGAACGCGACGCUCGGAGCUGCGUGCGAUGCGAAGGAGGCGACCCCGUCGGUGGCUGGAUCGGAUGUGGGCAGUACGUGUCGAAAUGGUCGGUCGAUCAAUGGUGGCGAUAGGAUGAACGCGCUCGCGUUGCGUGUGGCAGCUCUCGGUGCCGUGCUGACCCGCUGCUACAUCCCAUCCACGGAUCCAACCAUGCUCGCACGACCAGGAGGUACUCGAGUCUGUCCGGCCAUUGGUCGGCGCGUGCAGGUCUACUUGUCGGCGCUGGCCACCACGAACGCGACGCUCGGAGCUGCGUGCGAUGCGAAGGAGGCGACCCCGUCGGUGGCUGGAUCGGAUGUGGGCAGUACGUGUCGAAAUGGUCGGUCGAUCAAUGGUGGCGAUAGGAUGAACGCGCUCGCGUUGCGUGUGGCAGCUCUCGGUGCCGUGCUGACCCGCUGCUACAUCCCAUCCACGGAUCCAACCAUGCUCGCACGACCAGGAGGUACUCGAGUCUGUCCGGCCAUUGGUCGGCGCGUGCAGGCCUACUUGUCGGCGCUGGCCACCACGAACGCGACGCUCGGAGCUGCGUGCGAUGCGAAGGAGGCGACCCCGUCGGUGGCUGGAUCGGAUGUGGGCAGUACGUGUCGAAAUGGUCGGUCGAUCAAUGGUGGCGAUAGGAUGAACGCGCUCGCGUUGCGUGUGGCAGCUCUCGGUGCCGUGCUGACCCGCUGCUACAUCCCAUCCACGGAUCCAACCAUGCUCGCACGACCAGGAGGUACUCGAGUCUGUCCGGCCAUUGGUCGGCGCGUGCAGGCCUACUUGUCGGCGCUGGCCACCACGAACGCGACGCUCGGAGCUGCGUGCGAUGCGAAGGAGGCGACCCCGUCGGUGGCUGGAUCGGAUGUGGGCAGUACGUGUCGAAAUGGUCGGUCGAUCAAUGGUGGCGAUAGGAUGAACGCGCUCGCGUUGCGUGUGGCAGCUCUCGGUGCCGUGCUGACCCGCUGCUACAUCCCAUCCACGGAUCCAACCAUGCUCGCACGACCAGGAGGUACUCGAGUCUGUCCGGCCAUUGGUCGGCGCGUGCAGGCCUACUUGUCGGCGCUGGCCACCGUGCGGAAACGCACGAACGCGACGCUCGGAGCUGCGUGCGAUGCGAAGGAGGCGACCCCGUCGGUGGCUGGAUCGGAUGUGGGCAGUACGUGUCGAAAUGGUCGGUCGAUCAAUGGUGGCGAUAGGAUGAACGCGCUCGCGUUGCGUGUGGCAGCUCUCGGUGCCGUGCUGACCCGCUGCUACAUCCCAUCCACGGAUCCAACCAUGCUCGCACGACCAGGAGGUACUCGAGUCUGUCCGGCCAUUGGUCGGCGCGUGCAGGCCUACUUGUCGGCGCUGGCCACCACGAACGCGACGCUCGGAGCUGCGUGCGAUGCGAAGGAGGCGACCCCGUCGGUGGCUGGAUCGGAUGUGGGCAGUACGUGUCGAAAUGGUCGGUCGAUCAAUGGUGGCGAUAGGAUGAACGCGCUCGCGUUGCGUGUGGCAGCUCUCGGUGCCGUGCUGACCCGCUGCUACAUCCCAUCCACGGAUCCAACCAUGCUCGCACGACCAGGAGGUACUCGAGUCUGUCCGGCCAUUGGUCGGCGCGUGCAGGCCUACUUGUCGGCGCUGGCCACCACGAACGCGACGCUCGGAGCUGCGUGCGAUGCGAAGGAGGCGACCCCGUCGGUGGCUGGAUCGGAUGUGGGCAGUACGUGUCGAAAUGGUCGGUCGAUCAAUGGUGGCGAUAGGAUGAACGCGCUCGCGUUGCGUGUGGCAGCUCUCGGUGCCGUGCUGACCCGCUGCUACAUCCCAUCCACGGAUCCAACCAUGCUCGCACGACCAGGAGGUACUCGAGUCUGUCCGGCCAUUGGUCGGCGCGUGCAGGCCUACUUGUCGGCGCUGGCCACCACGAACGCGACGCUCGGAGCUGCGUGCGAUGCGAAGGAGGCGACCCCGUCGGUGGCUGGAUCGGAUGUGGGCAGUACGUGUCGAAAUGGUCGGUCGAUCAAUGGUGGCGAUAGGAUGAACGCGCUCGCGUUGCGUGUGGCAGCUCUCGGUGCCGUGCUGACCCGCUGCUACAUCCCAUCCACGGAUCCAACCAUGCUCGCACGACCAGGAGGUACUCGAGUCUGUCCGGCCAUUGGUCGGCGCGUGCAGGCCUACUUGUCGGCGCUGGCGACCACGAACGCGACGCUCGGAGCUGCGUGCGAUGCGAAGGAGGCGACCCGAUCGGUGGCUGGAUCGGAUGUGGGCAGUACGUGUCGAAAUGGUCGAUCGAUCAAUGGUGGCGAUAGGAUGAACGCGCUCGCGUUGCGUGUGGCAGCUCUCGGUGCCGUGCUGACCCGCUGCUACAUCCCAUCCACGGAUCCAACCAUGCUCGCACGACCAGGAGGUACUCGAGUCUGUCCGGCCAUUGGUCGGCGCGUGCAGGCCUACUUGUCGGCGCUGGCCACCACGAACGCGACGCUCGGAGCUGCGUGCGAUGCGAAGGAGGCGACCCCGUCGGUGGCUGGAUCGGAUGUGGGCAGUACGUGUCGAAAUGGUCGGUCGAUCAAUGGUGGCGAUAGGAUGAACGCGCUCGCGUUGCGUGUGGCAGCUCUCGGUGCCGUGCUGACCCGCUGCUACAUCCCAUCCACGGAUCCAACCAUGCUCGCACGACCAGGAGGUACUCGAGUCUGUCCGGCCAUUGGUCGGCGCGUGCAGGCCUACUUGUCGGCGCUGGCCACCACGAACGCGACGCUCGGAGCUGCGUGCGAUGCGAAGGAGGCGACCCCGUCGGUGGCUGGAUCGGAUGUGGGCAGUACGUGUCGAAAUGGUCGGUCGAUCAAUGGUGGCGAUAGGAUGAACGCGCUCGCGUUGCGUGUGGCAGCUCUCGGUGCCGUGCUGACCCGCUGCUACAUCCCAUCCACGGAUCCAACCAUGCUCGCACGACCAGGAGGUACUCGAGUCUGUCCGGCCAUUGGUCGGCGCGUGCAGGCCUACUUGUCGGCGCUGGCCACCACGAACGCGACGCUCGGAGCUGCGUGCGAUGCGAAGGAGGCGACCCCGUCGGUGGCUGGAUCGGAUGUGGGCAGUACGUGUCGAAAUGGUCGGUCGAUCAAUGGUGGCGAUAGGAUGAACGCGCUCGCGUUGCGUGUGGCAGCUCUCGGUGCCGUGCUGACCCGCUGCUACAUCCCAUCCACGGAUCCAACCAUGCUCGCACGACCAGGAGGUACUCGAGUCUGUCCGGCCAUUGGUCGGCGCGUGCAGGCCUACUUGUCGGCGCUGGCCACCACGAACGCGACGCUCGGAGCUGCGUGCGAUGCGAAGGAGGCGACCCCGUCGGUGGCUGGAUCGGAUCGUGCGUAG